CCACGAUCCAUUUGUUCUCUUGAGGUCUGUUUCGCGGGAUGCCGUGGUCCCUUGUGCCACUGGACCCCGGGGAUCCCCAAAGAGGGGUAUCGUGGUUGGUCUUGUUUCCUUCUUUUAGAUUUCCAUCAAGCCAUGCAUCCUUGUGCCGCCGGUCAACCGCGAUCGGGGACUAGAACGACUAAUCACGGGUUGAGAGGACGAUCGCUGCCGUCGAGGACUCUGCGACAGUUACCUGGAUACGGAUGGCUGAAAGAGGACGGGCGGAAACUGGACUGCAGAUUGAAUUCGCGGUCGAACGGUACACUUCUCUAGAUGGAGCUAGUUGGUGGGUAUCUUGGUCAGAUAGAGCGUUUGGUGGCCGGGCUGGCAGGUCGGCAAACUGGGGGAUCAGAGUCUGUUGUUUACUAAUUAUGCCCCGAGAUAUACCGACACUUGGACAACUUCGAACAAGGCUCGAUAGCUACGCAUACAAUGUUGUAGGAGCUUCAUUGGCCGCCGUCGCGAUCGGCGAGGAGGACAAUGAUGGGUGCAUAACCAUCACCAACACCUGUGAGGACUGGAGGACACAAUCGGUCGACACACUGGCGUGUUUGAGGACAUGGAUCGCUGAGGACAUGGAUUGCAACGAGGAAAUAGUACCGCGGCAACAAAGCUUGCCACUGUAUGAAUGUGAGUACCCUGGCCAUACUACUAGCCCCGACUAGAGUAGCGUACGAAGGGACCCUGGUACUGCCUUUGGAGCUUCAAGUCCAAGUUGAUCGAGUGAGGUAGAGAGUAGUACCAGUGGAAGAGGGCCGGGAGGGGCAGCAACAGAGACAGCAGAGCGUGUCCUAUGGUGAUGGAUUGUUGAGCUGUUGGUGGUGGGGGAAGUAAUCAGCUGCCGCGGCAUGGAGGGGCUUAGGGCAGUAGCAUUGGAC